UCAGCUUGGGAAAAGGGGAAAUCUCUUUUCACACCAAGAUGUCUUGCUACGACCUGUGCCCACCAAAAACCAGCGUCGCCGUGCCCCAGCCCAUCGCUGAGAGCUGCAACGAGCUGUGCGCGCGCCAGUGCCCCGACUCUACGGCCUUCAUCCAGCCACCGCCCGUCGUCGUCACCUUCCCCGGCCCCAUCCUCAGCUCCUUCCCCCAGCAAGCCGUGGUGGGCUCCUCCGGAGCACCCGCCUUUGGCGGCUCCCUGGGGCUGGGGGGCCUCUACGGCGCCGGGGCCACUCAGGGCUCGGGGGGCCUCUGCACCUUUGGCAGACCCUACGCUUCUCCUGCCUGCAACCCCUGCGCCUUGCCCCGCUACAGCAGGAAGCUCUGGAACACCUGUGGGCCCUGCUAAACUCAGCUUUUGAUCUCCUGUCUUCCUCCUUCCUCAUUGUGUGCAUCAAUGUGUGAUGCCCACUUUUUUUUCCUGCAGGGUCCUUUCUGGGCCCUGUGAUGGCCACUGCAUGGAGGACACCUGAAGAAAUACCUCUCCAUAAGCUCCAGGCACUUCUUAUCUGCCUGGGCCUGGU